AUGCUUUUGAACAUAAAGCAUAUCAUCUUGCUGUUCUGUGUUUGCGGUGCCUUUUCUGAUCCUGCUCCAGGGGUGAGGGGGCAGGAGGGUGCCCGUGUUGAGGGCUUCCUGGCAGGGAGAGUGGCCCUGCCCUGCCACUUCCCCACAGCGCCAACAUCCAUGCCCGAUACCACCACCCUGACGGCCGCGGUCACCAGCACCCCUGCCGAGCACCUCCGCAUCAAAUGGACCAAACUAGAGGGAGACACGGAAACUGUUGUGUUAGUGGCCCAGAAUGGGGUGCUGAAGAUCGGACAGCAGUACCAGGGGAGGGUGUCCGUACCCAGUCACCCUGAAGAUGUGGGCGAUGCCUCACUGACCAUGGUGAAACUGAGAGCCAGCGACGCGGGCGUCUAUCGCUGUGAGGUCAUGGAUGGAAUCGAGGACACUCAGGACACAGUCAGGCUUAAUGUCAGCGGUGUUGUGUUUCAUUACCGGGCCCACACCAGUCGCUACACUCUAGACUUUGAAGAAGCCAGAGCGGCCUGUCUGAACGCGGGAGCAGUCAUGGCCACGGCGGAGCAGCUCAGAGCGGCGUACGAGGAUGGCUUUGACCAGUGCGAUGCUGGUUGGCUGGAGGACCAGACAGUGCAAUAUCCAAUCACAAAGCCCCGGGUUGGCUGUUAUGGAGACAAGUUGGGGAAGCCGGGCGUUCGGACAUAUGGAGUCAGGGAUCCCACGGAAACGUAUGAUGUGUACUGCUACGUGGACAAACUGCAUGGUGAGGUGUUUUAUCCUUCGAUCAGCACCAAGUUGACACUGCAGGAGGCCAGGGAGGAGUGUGAGAGGAUGGGGGCAGUCUUGGCGUCCCCCGGACAGCUGCACGCCGCCUGGAGGGAGGGGCUGGACCGCUGUGACUUCGGCUGGCUCUCAGAUGGCAGCGCCCGCUAUCCCAUCUCUGUACCCAAGAUGCAGUGCGGCAGGGGCAUGCUGGGUGUAAGGACUUUGUACCGACACGCGAACCAGACGGGCUUCCCUUUACCCACUGAGAAGCUCGGAGCCUUUUGCUUUAAAGGUCUCAUGUUAUGCACCGAAAAUGUUUGUGAAAAUGGAGCGACUUGCUAUUUGAGCGGCAAACAUAGCAUGUGCGUCUGCAUGCCGGGAUUCACCGGAGAGCGUUGUGAGACUGACAUUGAUGAGUGCCAGUCUAACCCUUGUCGUAAUGGAGCCACCUGCAUUGAUGGAGCGAACUCUUUCACCUGCGUCUGCUUACCGAGUUACUCUGGAGCUCUCUGUGAGCAAGAUACGGAGAUGUGUGAUUACGGCUGGCAUAAGUUCCAGAGCCACUGCUAUAAGUACUUCACCCACCGUCGGACCUGGGACGCCGCCGAGAGAGAGUGCCGCCUGCAGGGCUCCCAUUUGGCCAGCAUCCUCUCCCACGAGGAGCAGAACUUUGUCAACCGUUUAGGACACGAUUAUCAGUGGAUUGGGCUGAACGAUAAGAUGUUUGAAAACGACUUCCGAUGGACUGAUGGCAGGCCCAUGCAAUUUGAGAACUGGAGACAGGGACAGCCAGACAGCUUCUUCUCCUCCGGCGAGGACUGCGUGGUCAUGAUCUGGCACGAAAAUGGACAGUGGAACGAUGUGCCCUGUAAUUACCACUUGACCUUUACCUGCAAGAAAGGGACAGUGUCCUGUGGUCAGCCCCCCAUAGUGAAGGAUGCCCGUGUGUAUGGCAGCAUGAGGCCCCGUUAUGAGAUUAACUCUCUGGUCCGGUACCACUGUAAGGACGGCUUCAUCCAGAGACACGUUCCCACCAUCCGGUGCCGCGGCGAUGGCCGCUGGGACAAACCCAAAAUCACCUGUCUGAGUCCAUCCACUUAUCAAAAAGCCUAUGCACAGAAGCACCAGUACAAUAACUACUACAGCUAUGAAAAGAGACGCUACAACGGGCAGGAGCGGCGCCACUGGGCCAACGGAGUGGACAAGACCAGGCACUGA